GGUUCAAAAUGGCGGCGGCUGUUUCGGCGGCUCCUCCUGUGUGAGGGAAACAACACCCCUCCCCGGCGGCGGCGGCGGCGGCGGCGGCGGCUGUGGCCCGCAGAGCACCUUCCCGGCUCCGGGGCUUGUCGCCACUCUGCCUCCCCUGGGAAGGGGGCGCCCCGGGAGGAGGGUCAAGGCCAGGGGGCCCACAUCCCGGAGUGUUCCCUCUGCGACCGGGGAGUAGACGGGGGCUCGUCCCGCAGCGCGGAGCCCGGGCUGAAGGGGAGACGCGAGGGCAGCCCGGGCCCCCGGCCGGCGCGCCGCACCGCUCCCGCCCUCUCCGCCCCCCGGGGCGGGGGCCCGCGUUCCGGGGGGCCGGGCGGCGCGGGGAGUCUCGGCCCAGCCGGUCUCAGCUGAUCGGCCGCCGCUCCCGGGCUCCGGAGGCGGCCGGCCCAGUGCUCCGCGAGGAAGGCGCUCCCGCGACGGUGUGGCCCGGGGCUCGGGCCCCGGCCCCGGCUCGUGCCCCAGCUGCCUACCGCCGGCCCGGGGGAGGCGGGGGCGCCCCGGGCUCGGCGCAGAGGGGUCGCGCUCCCCGCGCCUGACGCCUCCGACGCCCGAUCCCCGAAGCCAAGAAGAAGAGGUUUGAUUCCGCAACUGUUUCCUCUCUUUUCUGGGUCGUCCUGACCCUCUCUGGAUACUGGAUUAAUUCACCGGGGGCGGGCGGGGGGGGGAGAAAAAAAAGAAAAGAAGACGUUUGGGAUUUAAAAUUUCCUCUGGUGUUGGAAGCUUUUACUUCACUUGGACAAGAAGUCAGGAGCCAAAUCCCCGUGUUGCAAUCUGGUUCCUAAGGAGAAAGAGGAAGGCAGCCGCUCUGGAGUGGUUUCAUUACACUACUUUCCACAGAAGAGUAAGAGAUGGAACCCGAAGAAGAAAGGAUUCGUUACAGCCAGAGAUUGCGUGGCACCAUGAGACGACGAUAUGAAGAUGAUGGCAUUUCAGAUGAUGAAAUUGAAGGAAAAAGAACCUUUGACUUAGAAGAGAAACUCCACACCAACAAAUAUAAUGCUAAUUUUGUUACUUUUAUGGAGGGAAAAGAUUUUAAUGUUGAAUACAUACAACGGGGAGGCUUAAGAGAUCCUCUGAUUUUCAAGAAUUCUGAUGGACUUGGAAUAAAAAUGCCUGAUCCAGACUUCACUGUGAAUGACGUCAAAAUGUGUGUGGGGAGUCGUCGGAUGGUGGAUGUUAUGGAUGUGAACACACAAAAAGGCAUUGAAAUGACCAUGGCUCAGUGGACACGCUACUAUGAGACACCAGAAGAAGAGCGAGAGAAACUCUAUAAUGUUAUCAGCCUGGAAUUUAGCCAUACCAGGCUGGAGAACAUGGUACAGAGGCCUUCCACGGUGGAUUUCAUUGACUGGGUAGACAACAUGUGGCCAAGGCAUUUGAAGGAAAGUCAGACGGAAUCAACAAAUGCCAUUUUAGAGAUGCAGUAUCCUAAAGUGCAGAAGUACUGUCUAAUGAGUGUUCGAGGCUGCUAUACUGACUUCCAUGUGGACUUUGGUGGUACUUCUGUUUGGUAUCACAUCCACCAAGGUGGAAAGGUCUUCUGGCUCAUCCCCCCUACAGCCCACAACCUGGAGCUGUACGAGAAUUGGCUGCUGUCAGGGAAACAGGGAGACAUCUUUCUGGGUGACCGGGUGUCAGAUUGCCAACGCAUUGAGCUCAAGCAGGGCUAUACCUUCGUCAUUCCUUCAGGCUGGAUUCAUGCUGUGUAUACUCCUACAGAUACAUUAGUGUUCGGAGGCAAUUUCUUACACAGCUUUAACAUCCCCAUGCAGUUAAAGAUAUACAGCAUUGAAGAUCGGACACGGGUUCCAAAUAAAUUCCGUUAUCCAUUCUACUAUGAGAUGUGUUGGUACGUGUUGGAGCGCUAUGUGUACUGUAUAACCAACCGCUCCCACCUAACCAAGGAAUUUCAGAAAGAAUCCCUCAGCAUGGAUUUGGAGUUAAAUGGAUUAGAGUCUGGGAAUGGAGAUGAGGAAGGAAUGGAUCGAGAAUCCCGCCGCUUGAACAGUAGGCGCUCUGUUCUCACUAGCCCUGUACCUAAUGGAAUCAACCUGGAUUAUGAUGGACUGGGCAAAACCUGCCGAAGUCUUCCAAGUCUGAAGAAACCGUUGUCUGGAGACUCUUCCUCUGACUCAGGUCGGGGCUCCCACAAUGGCCAAGUGUGGGAUCACCAGUGUAGUCCCCGAAAGGACAGGCAAGUGCAUCUGACCCAUUUUGAGCUUGAAGGCCUUCGCUGCCUUGUAGAUAAGUUGGAGUCUCUUCCACUGCACAAGAAGUGUGUACCCACAGGGAUAGAAGAUGAAGAUGCUCUCAUUGCUGAUGUAAAGAUUUUGCUGGAGGAGCUUGCCAACAGUGACCCCAAGUUAGCCUUGACUGGAGUUCCUAUAGUACAGUGGCCAAAAAGGGAUAAGCUUAAAUUCCCCACCAGGCCAAAGGUGAGGGUUCCUACCAUCCCCAUCACAAAACCUCACACCAUGAAGCCAGCUCCACGGCUAACACCUGUUCGGCCUGCAGCUGCCUCUCCCAUUGUGUCAGGAGCCAGGCGGAGAAGAGUGCGCUGUCGGAAAUGCAAAGCCUGUGUGCAGGGGGAAUGUGGUGUUUGCCACUACUGCAGGGACAUGAAGAAGUUUGGGGGCCCUGGACGCAUGAAGCAGUCCUGUGUCCUUCGACAGUGCUUAGCACCCAGAUUGCCUCACUCUGUCACAUGUUCCCUGUGUGGAGAGGUAGAUCAAAAUGAAGAGACACAGGACUUUGAGAAAAAACUUAUGGAAUGCUGUAUCUGCAAUGAGAUCGUGCAUCCCGGCUGCCUGCAGAUGGAUGGAGAAGGGUUGCUUAAUGAGGAAUUGCCAAAUUGCUGGGAGUGUCCAAAGUGUUACCAGGAGGACAGCUCAGAGAAAUCCCAGAAGCGGAAAAUGGAAGAAACGGAUGAAGAAGCUGUGCAAGCCAAAGUCUUGCGGCCCCUGCGGAGCUGCGAGGAGCCUCUCACUCCCCCGCCUCACUCCCCCACCUCCAUGCUGCAGCUCAUCCACGACCCCGCCUCUCCCCGGGGUACAGUGACUCGGUCGUCCCCUGGGGCUGGCCCCAGCGACCAUCACAGUGCCAGCCGCGAUGAGCGCUUCAAACGGCGGCAGUUGCUGCGGCUGCAGGCCACAGAGCGCACCAUGGUACGGGAAAAGGAGAACAAUCCCAGCGGCAAAAAGGAGCUGUCUGAAGUUGAGAAAGCCAAGAUCCGGGGAUCGUACCUCACUGUCACGCUACAGAGGCCCACCAAAGAGCUCCACGGGACAUCCAUUGUGCCCAAGCUGCAGGCCAUCACGGCCUCCUCUGCCAACCUCCGCCAUUCCCCCCGCGUGCUAGUGCAGCACUGCCCAGCCCGAACGCCCCAACGUGGGGAUGAGGAGGGGCUGGGGGGAGAGGAGGAAGAGGAGGAGGAGGAGGAGGAGGAAGAUGACAGUGCAGAGGAGGGGGGUGCGGCCAGGCUGAAUGGCCGGGGCAAUUGGGCUCAGGAUGGAGACGAAAGCUGGAUGCAGCGGGAGGUCUGGAUGUCUGUCUUCCGCUACCUCAGCCGCAGAGAACUUUGUGAAUGUAUGCGAGUGUGCAAGACGUGGUAUAAAUGGUGCUGUGACAAGAGACUUUGGACAAAAAUUGACUUGAGUAGGUGUAAGGCCAUCGUACCCCAGGCUCUCAGUGGCAUCAUCAAGAGACAGCCAGUUAGUCUUGACCUCAGUUGGACCAACAUCUCCAAAAAGCAGUUGACAUGGCUGGUCAAUAGGUUGCCAGGACUGAAAGACCUCCUCCUAGCUGGCUGUUCUUGGUCUGCUGUCUCUGCCCUCAGCACUUCCAGCUGCCCCCUCCUCAGGACCCUUGAUCUUCGGUGGGCAGUAGGAAUUAAGGACCCUCAAAUUCGAGACUUGCUGGCUCCACCAGCUGAUAAACCAGGUCAGGACAAUCGCAGCAAGCUUCGGAACAUGACGGACUUCCGGCUGGCCGGCCUUGACAUCACGGAUGCCACCCUUCGGCUCAUCAUUCGCCAUAUGCCCCUCCUGUCUCGACUCGACCUUAGCCAUUGCAGCCACCUUACAGACCAGUCCUCCAACCUCCUCACCGCAGUUGGGUCCUCCACACGUUACUCCCUCACAGAGCUCAAUAUGGCAGGUUGCAAUAAAUUGACAGACCAGACCCUGAUCUACCUACGACGCAUAGCCAAUGUCACCUUGAUUGACCUUCGAGGAUGCAAGCAGAUCACUCGAAAAGCCUGUGAGCACUUCAUCUCAGACUUGUCCAUCAACAGCCUGUACUGCCUGUCUGAUGAGAAGCUGAUACAGAAGAUCAGCUAAGACACAGCCAGCCUGGACUCAUCAGGAAAGCAAUCUUCCCCUGCCUUUCCACUGAGGAGAGCCUUCCCCUGAUCCUGCACAGGCUCCAGGCCAGCGACACACUCCCUCUCCGCUCGCCUGCCCUGAGCCCCGCUCACCUAGGUGGGGCAGAGAGAGUGGUGGCGGCCAGGCUCGCCCGCCUGCUCCUCUCCCUCCCAAGGAAAAAGGAACAGCAGUUGAUCCAAGAGGAAGGCAUGGCAGUGCCGUCUGGAGGCCCGGCUUUCAGUUUGGGAUGUUUGUGCAACCUUCACUUGUACCAGGUCCAGGACCCCACUUUCCCACCCAUGGUCCCCGGCAUUGGCUGGUUCUGUGCAAACUCUAGGGAAGAAAGUGGCCCUGCCCCCUGUGGCCAGGUUCUCCUCAUGGCGUCCCGUGCGUGCCUCCUCCAUCUCACUCUCCCGGCUUCUGCAGGAGGGGCCGGCAGCCCCAGGAUGCCAGGCCCGGCAGGUCCCACUGGUGCUGUCAGAUGACCGAAGCCUCGCACCAAUGUCUGUGCUCGUCCUCAUUUCCUGUCCCUCAGCUUGAUGCUGUCUAGCACUAGUAGCACCCUUGCUCAUUCACAUGUGGCUCCCUGCUUCCCACCGGCCCCGCCCAGCCUUCCCACCAGUCUCUGUGAGGUCCUUGUUGCACUUACUGGGGUUGAAGCUCUUCAGAGGAGCAUGGAACUGCACCCCCAGGGAAACCCCUAUCUCACUGCUACCCAGACAGAUUCGGAGACAGGCACCAUCUUUGUCCCCCCUCUCUUGCUUCCCACUGACUGCCCUUUUCCACAUGUCCUUAUUCCUGCCUGAAUUGGGUUUUCCUAGGAUGCAUGUCCUCAGAGAGAGCAGCCUGUUCCCCCGUGAAGGGAGCAGAGGAGUGGCCGAGUCUCCACCCGCCUCUAGGCCAGGCUCUUGUGGGCCUCUGGUUUAGUGUAGCCCCUGAGCGCAGGUCUGUGCAUUGCCUAGCGGCUCGCUGACCUGCUACCUUUGGAGGGGAGAGGGGUCUUGCUUGGAAGCCAGUCAUCCACCCUCUGCCCGCAGAUGUGGAAAGGGGGUGUGCAUGUGCCUCUGUGUGUGUGUGAGAGAGAGCGAGCGGCUGAGUGUGCUGUGCGUGUGUGUACAGGGAGAGGGGAGGGGAGCAUGGAAUCCCCACUCCACCACCCUUGGUCAAGCCCCAUCAGCUGCCCUCUUGUACUUUGCAUUGAACGGCCUGUCCAAAGAUCCUCUCUCUAGGGCAGCAGAGAGCUUUUUGCACUUUAGAAAGAGAAGAAGGAGAAGAAAGGUCAGAAUUUGGAGUCAAUAUUUAAAUGUGUGAGGAGAUGCUCGGUAGCAGCAGCCAGUGGCAAGUUUAUAUGAUAGAAGCAAAUUUGCACUCUGCUCCCCAUCUGUAGGAGAUUGAUAGCACAACCUUGUCCUGCCCCUUCCCAUCCUCUUUCCUGUAGCCCAGUCUCCGGUUUUCCUCCCAAGCCCUAUCUGAGGGACAGAGCCCCAGCACCAGGGGUCUGAAGUGCGAGCACCCGAGGAGAGAUGCCAUCUGCACCCUUGCCACUGCCAAAGCAAUAGAAGCAGAGAGGUCCCCUCUUUGUCACCCAGCCCAGCUUUGGUCCUGGCAUUAAACAGCCAUUUUUAGGGAAAACUGGGACUGGUAGCAUUGUGUCUGUUUCUUCCAGUCUGUGAUUCUCUUGGCUGCACCUUAAGAACAGCAGCCGCUUGCUCCCACGCCCCUUCGCCCCUUCCAUUGGUCUCCAGGCCCUGGCACUCUGGGGCCGGAACCUUGAGGAGAUCCCAGUGACUUAUUCCAGAGUGCCUCAGUGAGGGGAACUUGUGUACAGAACCCUGGGUAUUGAGCAAAAAACCUUAUUAUCGUCAAUGACCUAUAAUUGGACACUUCCUACCCUCGCCCUUCCCUUUUUGGUUGCUCCUGUGGAAAAUACUGAAAAAAAUUACUAAGUUUUGUUGUCUUUUUAUAAAGGAGGGGAGGUGGAGAGACCCCUUCAGAGCAGGGAUUGUGCCGGGAGAGUGCCUCUGACUUUGGGACAUUUCAUCUGCAGAAAUUUCCAAACUGAUGGUUUGUUUUGGGUUUUGUUUCUGUUUGUUGGUUGGUUGGUUUGG